CAUACAAUUAUGUUUCCCCAUGGACGAAGGGACCCUGAAGAAUUGGAAAGCUCACCAAGAAGGGACCCUGAAGAAUUGGAAAGCUCACCAAGAAGGGACCCUGAAGAAUUUGAAAGCUCACCAAGAAGGGACCCUGAAGAAUUUGAAAGCACACAAAUAGAGGAACAUUUAGCAGUUUAUCCCUUUGAUGACGACUUUCAGCACCCCAGUGCUUCAGAGAGGAGUCAAACACUCUCUCCGAUUGAAGAACUGAGUUCAGCAUCUGAUUCAUAUGGGAAGAACAGUCCUGUAGAACUGUUUUCACAUCCAGGGGAAAAGGUAGAGGUUAUUCUUGGAAAAAUUGCAGGUGACAUUAACCGUGCUCUUAGUGCUAAGAAACAAAGAAUGGAGACAAAUGCCAGACAAUCUUUUGAGGGAGUUGAGCAGAAAAUGAAAGAAGUUUGGAACUCACAUGAAGAUGCAAUGGCACAGCUUAAUGAAGAGACUGCUCAGGCAUUUGCAAAGCUGUUUGAGCAAUGGAAUGAAGAUUUUAAGAAAUUUCGAGAAAAACAUGAGAAACUUGUGAAUGAUUUUAAACAACAAGAGAAGGUUUUUCAAAAAUCUAGAUUUAUUCAGAACCAGAGACUGAGAACAAUUAAACAAGUACAUGAAGACUUCUUAAAGAAUUUGGAAGACCUGGAGAAGAGGAAUGAUGUUCUGCUCACUGGGACACAAAGCGAACUUAAAGAGGAAAUUAAUAAGCUGCGGAGAAAAGUUUUGACAGAAUCUUAACAACAGGAGAUGGCAGAUGUUCAUCAUUCUCUCCAUUCCGUGCUCUUUUGAUGGAAGAAUAUUUGAAGAAGGAACUUAAACUGAAGCGAUACAGUUCAAAUGCCAGUUAGGAGCCAUGCUUUAAGACAAGUAUUAGUAUAAAUGAUAAGAUCUUUAGUCAUUAGUUUGUUUCCCUCUUAAUUUAGAAUAAAAUCCAGUUAUGUUGGUACCAACUAUUCCUGUAUGUCAAGGAUUUGCCUCUUUUAUUAUAAUACAAUGUACUUUUCUUUAUGACACCGUUGAGUUCUUAUCAAUAAAAAUGAUUAAAGUUUGGA